AUGAAUCCUAAAUCGCCACCAAGAGCUGUUGGAUCUACAAGUGCUACAGGUCCUUCCAUGCCAGGAAGGGCUGCAUCUUCAGGUGCUAAUAACUACAACUGUAUGACCCUAGAAGCAUUAAUGAAUGCUCCCUCCAUAGAGCUUCAGCCACACCUCUAUCCAAGGAAACUCAAUGGUGCUUUAUGGCAAGUUUUCUACAAAAUCGAUUUGAGACCAGAACAGGAAGUAUUUCUCAAUGGGAUGAAUUUAAGCUCUGUCAGCUUUUGGAUCCUUCUGAUAUCCUUUUUGUUCUACGCAUUCAUCCUAGUCUAUCUCAUUGUGACGAUUUGCCUAGCUGGAGUUUCACUAAAGAUGGACUCUAGUUACAAUUUUCUCCGGGAUGAACAACUACCAAGGCCUUCUCCUAGUUUCCAACUGCAUCAACAUAUCAUUGCCAAAUCUAUUCUGGAUCACAAGUUAUGGUCACAAUCAUUAUCUCAAGACAGUGUCCCCCAAAGGUAUGGAUCUCUUCAACCACCUUCCCAAACAUUGCUAUCUACUCAGGGAUGCAAUGAUUAUGAAAGUCAUAAAGCAGGUAUUGGCUGGAUACUUUGUAAUUCUCGUGGCCACCAGCUUCUCAGUGGAUCUGCGUCUAUUGAUUCCAUAUCCAAUCCAUUGGAAACUGAAGCUUUAGCUCUUCGAGAUGCAGUAAGUCGUCUCACGUCUUUGAACUAUCAAAAGGUCGUUUUCAUGGGUGAUUGCAAGGCUUUAUACACCCAUGUGAAUCAGAGAUUGCGAAAGCAGCCUGUUUCUCAUAGGCUUCCUCAAUUUUUGUCUCCUUGUAUUGAGGAUAUUCUAUGUUUCACUUCAAAACUCCGACCUAUAUGUUUCAGGUGA